AUGAUUUCGUAUUUACAACGAACAAAAACACUUCCCCGUACGGAAACAGUGAAUUUUGCAAACAUCACGUUACUUAUGGUGAAUGAUGUUUAUGAAAUGUUGCCAGACGACAAGGGUGUAGGUGGCUUGGCCGAAUUAUCAACCAUGAUUGAUAACGAAAAGAGUAAAUCACGAUUUGCCAUUGCAACUUUGAAUGGUGACUUCUUAUCAGCCUCUACAUUGGCUGAGAAGUAUAAGGGAGCUCAUAUGAUUGAUGUCGUCAAUCAAAUGCCAAUAGAUUUUGUUUGUCCUGGAAAUCAUGAAUUUGAUUUUGGAAGUGAAAUUUUGGAACAACGAAUUGCAGAAUCUAGAUUUUCAUGGAUUUGUUCAAAUAUUGUGUACAAUAAUUCAGAUGAAAAAUCCUAUGACAAUAGUGAAAAGAAUAUUUUGAAGGGAUGUCUCAGAAAAAAGAUUUUGACAGAUCCUUCCUUAGAUGGUUUAAAAAUUGGUUUAUUUGGUCUCUGCACAAAAAACAGUGAAUAUCUCAGUAGACCUGGAAAAUUAAUUAAAUUUCUUCCAUCCAUUCCAAUUGCAAGAAAGAUGGUCAAUGAAUUAAGAAACCAAGACAAGUGUGACGUGGUCAUUGCAAUCACUCAUCUCAAUAUUGCUGAUGACAAGGAAUUAGUGAAACGAGUACCAGGAAUUGACAUUGUUUUAGGAGGACACGAUCAUGAACCAUUUACAGUGGUCAGAGAAAAUUGUCUCAUUCACAAAGCUGGUCAUGAUGGCCAAUAUUUAACACGAAUUGAUUUAAAGAUUGAGAAAAAUAAGACAACAGUUCAAGAUGACAUUUUCAAACAGUGA